CUAGAAGAAUAGGAUGACAUAAGACUGUGCAAUGUCCCAUCUGUAAUGUCUUCCAUAUGCCCACAGGCCCAGCAGAUGAGUAAUCAUGCUGAAAGAAAUCCGAAUCAUAGAGCAACCCGUGUGUGCCUGUGUUCCCCCGGACUUUCCCUUCACCCUACGUUGUCGGGCUCAAGGUCCCACAGUGCUCCACUAUCAGUGGUUUGUGCAGUCAGAGACGUUUUGCUGUCAAAUUCCAGGGGCCACCCGACCUGACCUGCACAUCGAGGCCAGACAAACACAGCUGUAUAUCUGUCGUGUAAAUGACCAGCACCACCACUUCUUGUUCAGUGGGUGGGUGAAGGUGAAAGUACUGAGGAACAUUCCUGAGGACUGCCUCCCUCAUGAUUGGAAUGGUGAGCCUAUCAUAGUUACCAAUCCGCUCUCUGCACAAGUGAAAUCCCACAAAUCUGCCAAGCUCCAGUGCAGUGCUUUGGGAAUUCCAGCACCCGAAUACGAGUGGUACCACAAUGGGCUCUGCCUGCCUCAUAGACAGGAGAGGCAGAUCAUGAUCAAGUCAAUGAAGGCCACCGACUGUGGUAGCUACCUCUGUUGUGUGUCUAAUGCCCAUGGGGAAAGAUGGAGUGAACCUGCUGAACUUAGCAUAGAGGAAAAUGUUAUUCUCCAGCCACCCCCACCACCUUCAGUAAGGACAGGUACAAAACCACCCGAAAGAUACUUCGCGGCUGGGAAAGUUGCUUUGCUGAUUGGUAAUAACGGUUACAUCAGUCAUCCCAAUCUCUUGGCCCCUAUGGUUGAUGUAUGUGAGCUGUCUGCACUCCUCAGAAAAUUGGGCUUCUGUGUAAUCUCACUCGUAGACUUGACUCAGGAAGAAAUGCUAACAGCAGUCAAUCAGUUUCUACAGCUCCUGGACAAGGGCGUGUAUGGGCUAUUUUAUUAUGCUGGUCAUGGGUAUGAACGUUCUGGGAGGAACUACAUGGUCCCUAUUGAUGCUCCCCAGCCAUACAGGCCUGAAAAUUGCAUCAGCGUUCAGAGAAUCCUACAGAAGAUGCAAGAAAGAAGGACUGCCUUGAAUGUGGUUCUUCUAGAUACUUGCAGGAAGUGGUAUAAUUCAGACUGUGCAGUAUCUACAGUGACUCCUCUGAAGCCACUGGGCAACACUGUUUAUGGAUAUGCCACGAGUGAGAAUGCAGAAGCCUAUGAAGUUCAGGACGAGGAAUUCAGCUCUGGUAUUUUUAUGACAUAUCUGAAGAAGCACAUUCUGAAGGAAAAGAAAGUUACUCACAUGUUGGAGGAUGUACUUGAAGACAUAGGCAGAGAUCCUCUGGUAAUUGGAAAACAAGUAAUGGAAAUAAGGCACUCCGUGAAAGAGUGCCGAGCUCUGACUGACAAGAUUUGCACCUCAGCAAGCGACCGACUCAAUAGGACCGUGUGGGAUCACCGUAGCAAAAUCCCCAAACAAAUGGUAAAGUUCUCAUGUGGAGUUGAAGUGGAAUUAAGAUUCAAAACUGUGUUCUCAAAUCUCAUUCAUACUUUUGCAAAACUGACACAUACUGCGGCUCAUCUAACGGACAUGAAGAUUAUUCUUUACAAACCUUCCGACAUGGCAGGUGACUCAAAUGCAUGCAAACGUGACCCAGUAGAUUCUCUGGUGGCCCUGGAAGAUGAUGGUGAAGAAGCAGACUGUAUGCUUAGGCUUUACAGCCUACAGAAAUGCCAGAAUGACAUCAUCAUAAAGGUUGAUUUGCAUUUUACAAAUCUUGAUGGUGUCAGAAUUCAGGAGAGUUUGGAGCAUGUGAUCCCCAAACCAUGGAUUGCCAAAUUAUUUAACAGGACAAGUCAACUGUGUCUAGAGAGAAGGCAUAGAGCUGUAGCUCCAGAGAGCAUGCCUACCAUGGAAACACAGCUCACUACAGACUCAUUGGACUCACAGCCUGGAGCACAUUUCAAAGACACUGGGGAAAUGCCCUUUAGUGCUCAGUCAAAAUCCAGCAGUGAGCCGGAAGAGAACGAUGAAAGUGAUAUAUUACCGGUCUAAUGGAGAAUGCAUUUGAAUACCAGGAGUUUUGUGUUAAUCUUCCAUUCAGAAGCUGAUUAAUUUCUGGAUGAUUCACAGUCUGCAAAGCUGUACAUGAAUUCAAAAGAAACUUAGUAUCGUGACUUUUACUUAUAGUCUUCAUUUGCAGGAGACCAAUGUUUAAUAUAUAUAUUUUACACUUUAAGAUGGUUGUUCUAAUUACUGCUCUCUAGGAGAGAUAAGAAAUAUUGUCAAUUGUUAACACUCAUAGCAAAGUUAUUUUAAAGUAAACAUAUUUUUAAGAGUUGGACUGCAUAUACUCAGGAGCUGUACAACUUGACAUAAAGCUUGAAUGUCCUGCUGCUAUGUCUGGACAUUCUUAAAAUAUAUUGCUAUCACCUUGUAGCUGGUACUGGGUGAGACAUUCUGCAGA